CAGCCCUGAUAUGCAGCCUUUCCCAGCCCCAAAACCAGUCUACAGGAGUGUGAUUGAGAGCCAGGCAGUGCUUUGGGACUACAAGAACUCCAGCUACACCAAGGGCCAUCUCAAUCCCAGCAUGCACCAGAAAACAAAAGAAGGCCGUGAAGCCACCUUCACCCUAACAAACAUUGUCCCUCAGCGCGCAGGCUCCAACAGAGACACCUGGAACCCACUGGAGAAGGAGGUGAUGGAGAGGUUCAAGGCUUUCUGCAACGGGCCAAUGUAUGUUAUCACCGGAGUCAUGCCUUAUAAGUCUGAAACCCGCUGGAUCAAUAACAGGGUGUCUGUUCCUGAGUACAUGUGGUCUGCCUACUGCUGUCCAUCCUACAAAUCCAACCUUCCGAAAUCUGUGAAGCCCUUUUUCCCCACAUAUGCUGCAGUGGGAAGAAAUGACCGCAACAGUGGAGAAGAGAUUGUCCAGAUAGAUCCAAAAGCAGACCCCAGCAUGAGAGGCUAUGAUGUGAGGCAGCUGUCCUUAGAGACCCUAGAGAGCAUUUUGAGAACAAGGCUGAGAAUGCCUGUCAGUCUUUUUAUAGGGCAGUGUAAGCAAGAAAGGGUGACAAGCUCUUGGUCUUUGUGGAAGUAACUUAACUUCCCUGCACACGGUUAAUCUAUCGUAGCCAGAAGUCGCCAAGUAUAACACAUCCCUCCUAGUCAGACUCAAAGUAUUACAGAGAUUCCCUCACAGUUUAAUGAGUGAAUAAAUGUUUAAUCAAAAUGUUGUUCUUUCAUGAUGGUUGGAAAUGAAUUUUUCAGAAUUUGAUCUCACAA